AUGGCAGCUUCCACUGCAUACAGGUUUGGCAGACUCCUGAACACAAUCAGACCGGGUCUCGUGAAGAAGAUAAAUAGACUGCCCACUCCUGUAGCUGCUCUGGAUAAUGUGGCGCUCUUCCUGAAGGGUUGUUUGGAGUUAGGUUUGAAGAGCUCUCAGCUAUUUGAUCCUGGAGAUCUACAAGACACUUCUGCACGCUCUAACAAAGGUCCAGACAACAACAAGAAGUUAAAAAAUGUUUUGAUCAACAUCUACUGGCUGGGCCGAGCAGCCAAUAGCAGCACCACAUACAACGGGCCCACCCUGGACCUGCACAAGUUUGAGGAAUUGCUGUCACAGAUGAGAAAGGAAGCAGAGGAGUGGGAUAGCCCAAAGCGAAGCAUCAGGGACAGUGGUUACAUAGACUGCUGGGAGUCCGAGCGCAGUGACUCUCUCUCCCCGCCGAGGCACGUGCGAGACGACUCUUUCGACAGCCUGGACUCCAUCGGCUCGCGUUCCCAUCAAACCCCCUCGCCUGAUGGCCUGCUUGCCCAUGGCUACAGCGAUGGCCGUGGCAGUGACUCGGAGUGCGACACCCCCCAGAGGAAGAUGCCGGACGUGCGCAAGGAUGACAUGCUGGUCCGGCGAACUUCCUGCAGUGAACCCCGGACUGCCAUUCCUUUCAACCAGUAUCUUCCCAACAAGAGUAACCAGAGCUCAUACAUACCUGCACCAGUGCGACACCCUAACACAGACAGAGAUGACAGCUGCAAAAGCUGGAGUAAUGCAACCUCACCUGUUGGAGGAGAGAGACCUUUCAGGUAA